CAUGAUGAGAGACAACCGGGAACAAGUGGUCCGACGACAGCCGAACAGCUCUGGAGGUCGACCGGACAGAAGAAAGCCAGAGCAUCGUCACAGCCAGGGCCCGCUGUCCUCCAUCAGAGCUGCUAUAAAGAGAACCUCCAACAGGUCGACGUCUCUCUCUGAAACGCCCCGAGAAAGAGACAGAGAGCGAGAGAGAGACAGGGAAAGAGAAAGAGACCGAGACAGAGACAGGAGGCGACCAGAGAUCACCAUCUUGUCAGCUGAACCGCUCGCCUCCACGUCCUGGUUUCCUGGAGCUUCUGGAGGAUUCCCUCCUCCGCCUCCUCCUGCUGCACAGAUCUGGGGAUCCACGAUCCCUCCGUCCAUUCAGCCUCCUCCUUCCUAUGAGGAGGUGAUCAGGGAGAAGACACAGGAGCAGGUUCUCCGUCCGUCUUCCUCCUCGAGCUCCUUAUCCUCCUUAUCUUCAUCCACAUCACGUCCAGUUUCUACGAUAACCAUCGCCACCCAGACCGAACCGGGUGCUGCUCCCGAUCCUCAAGACUCGCAGGCGAAAAGACCGGUCAGACCGCCACGGCCGCCUCUGCCCCAACCUCCAAAACCGCCUCAUGUUGAAGACGUCGCCAUCAUCGCCAACCAAUCAACACCCAGCUCUCGUGUCUGUGACGGCGUUGUAUCGAACACAUCCUCUGAGACCGGCACACACACUCAGUGCUUCGACGUCCUCGUCGAACUUAAUUCGCCUCUAACAUCAACUGGUGGCACUCAAACAGACCAAUGGGAUCAACCUUUAGCUGCUGUUGACGCAGCAACACCUUCGACGACUUCUUCUCAAGUCCCGUGCGAGCGUCCCAGGCCACGCCCCCGAUCCAGGCUCAGCGUGCAGCCAACCGGCAACGAGGUCAAAGUUCAGACGUUAGUGAAACUGCGAGACGACGGUUUAGCGACACUAGCCGCCCGAGCAUCGAGUGAAACCACUAACCAGGAAGUGAGUCAGGGGAAAUACCUGCAGGAGCUGCUCGAGGCCUUCAGCGCUGACGACUGGGGCUUCCCUGAUCACCGUAGCGACAGCAGCGGGCGCAGCCAAUCGGAGACCGAGGAGGAAGAGGACGCGGAGGACAUGGCGGCUCUGAAAGCGAGGAUCCAGGCGUUCGAGCAGCAGCAGCAGGUGGCUGAUGGGAGCUGUGGAGACGGUAACAGAGGCAGCGGGACCAUCGAGGGGUGUGUCGUCACAAAGAGACCAGAGCCCCGUCCACGUCCUCGUCUCCAGGGGCAACCGGCCAAAUCGGCUCCUCCCGUGGUCGCUCCGAAACCCAAAACCUUCUCACAUGCCCCCAAACCAUCCAGUAAGGUAUUUUGGGAGGAUGGAGGUGCAUCAGAUAGCACUGAGGCUCUGACAACACCUGAACCCCCCUCAGCAGACUCUAAACCUCAAACUACUGCAGAACCAGCACCUUCUUGUACCCCGAAAUCUGCUCCAGCUCCGGCUCCGGCACCCCAACCCUGCAAAAACACAGAAAAACCCUCUGUCACACCCAAACCCCCACCUGCUAUAGAAACCGUCCCGUCUAGUUCCUCUGCCCCCGUCCCAGCCCCCAGACCCCCUCAACCCAAAAUCACCCCCUCUGUUAGUGAGACUCCCUCCGCAGCCAACCCCAAACCUCCACCCAGACCUCCAGUCGCCCCCAGGGCCAGCGUGGGAGCUCCACAGCAGGAGAAAAGCACCACAGCUGGGCGCACUACCCUGACUCUGCCCCCGAGACCCUCCGUGGAGGUCGGCAGCGGAGCGCAGACGGAGACUCAGACUGGAAGUGAGGAGACAGAGGAAACCGCAAGCCAAACUGUGAAAGUAGUAAGUGUUCGUCCGGGCGUCCCGACCAAACCAGCAGCACUGACCUCACCACGCAGAGCCAGCGCUCCCUCUCUCGCCCCAAAACCUGCUGGAGCUUCACGAACGCCCCCAGAUCCAAACCCAGCCAAACCUUCAGCUGCUGCCCCGGCUACAGCCCCGAAACCUCCCGGUCCGUCCAAACCCCCGGCUCCAGCUCCGGCUCCGGCUCUGAGGAAAGGUUCUGUGGUCCAAACCAAAGCUGAAACUACCAGCUCUGCUAACACAAACUCCUCAGACCCUCCUCUUCCUCCACGGCCUUCAAGUGUGAAGCUCCUCCCCCUUCGCCCCCCACCAAUCAAAUCCACCCCCGGGCGACCGCCACCUCCGUCCAUCAACUCCACUUCUACAGCGAACCAGAUUCCUCCUCCUUCUAAAACCAGUCCUGCCCCCUCCGUGUCUCCGGCCAGCCAGUCCGCACCGCCCCCACAGACCGCUGCUGCUGUAACAUCCAAUCAGACGCAGGGUCAAAAGGCAGCAAAGAGAGGGCCGCCUCUGCCCCCCCGCCCUAAACCAGGACACCCUCUUUAUAACAGCAGCACAAAACAGGAAGUCCUGAUUGUCCUAGACGACCCGAGCCCGGCCCCCCCCACUGAGGAUGUAUCAGGUGAAGGGAGGAGCCAAACCGCCGUCACUGCUGUCAUCGACUCAUCGCAGUGUCUCCUGGACCUGGACACCCAACCAGAGCCGGUGCCAGACCAAGACAUCCAAUCAAAACCCGCCUUGGAGGGCCUCAACCUAUCAGAGUCCGAGUCCAUCCUUCCUGUGCAGCCGACCGAGCCGAAAGAACAACCGGACCUUCUUCCUGUCAGCGGUCCUCGGUGCGUCGCCUUGUUCGACUACGAGGGCGAGGAAGAGGACGAGCUCACCUUCUCCCAGGGUGAUGUCAUCGCCCUGCUGGAGCUCAUCGGGCAGGAGUGGGGCCGCGGACAGAUCCACGGGCGGAUCGGGAUAUUCCCUCUGAACUUCGCCAAAGUGGUGGAGCCGCUCCCGGAGACGGCGCCGUUGCCGGGGGAAACGGUGAAAACUACAUCAACGGAACCGGCGGUAAUAGAAAGUCCAGCACCCAAGUCUUCACAGGACCUGAACACAGAGACAGAGGAGUGGGUCGUGGCUCUGUUCGACUUCCCCGGUCAGACUGCAGAGGAUCUGUCUUUCCACAAGGGGGCGCUGAUCCGAGUGACAGAGCACAUCGACUCGGAGUGGAAGAGAGGAAGACUGGAAGGGAAGGAGGGACUUUACCCUGCUGCCUUCACACAGCCCUGCCAGGCUCAGCCAAUCCCAGCGCAGCAGUCAGAGGUUAAGGGCGUGGCCAAAGUUCUGUUUGACUUCAUCGCGGAGAGCGAUGAUGAGCUCACACUAAAGGUUGGUGACGUUAUAACUGAGGUGGAGUCUGUGGAUGAACAGUGGAUUGUAGUAGUUGUGGGCGGGAAGCGUGGGAUCGUUCCUAAAAACUACAUUUCACUUCUCUGACGAGGAAAUCCUGAAACAAAACAAACAAUUAUCGGGUCUCUCUCUUCCCGACU